AUCAAUGGCGGACGGAAUUUGCAAAGCAUGUCAAAGUUUAUUCCUUCUUGUCGCACUGCUGAGCGUUUUCAAUGCAGGCAGCACUACUCUGGAAGACAGGAAAUAUACCUGUCCCACAAAAAGUGAAACAUUCGAAUGUGACGCUGCAAAAAGGGUUCCCGAAAAAUUGCAGAGGGGUACAUCAUACAGGAUACAAGACCUGAAGGAUCCGAGCGACCAAAAAGAAUUAGAAAUUUACUGCGCCGAAAAAAGAUGUAUCGUGAAGAAAAAUAAACUGUAUGGAAGAGUUCAAAUACUGGAGUCAAACGCCACGAGACUGACCUUCAAGAUACUGAAAUUAAACGAGUCUUUGCGUUUUUCGUGUGAUAUACACUCCACACCUGAAUACCAGUCCACUGAGUUUCAUACCAGCGACAUCACAACUGUUGAAUGCGUCCGAGGUUGUAUUGGUAAGAAGGCUGACCUAUCUUGUCAGAGUUUCCAACAAUUUCUUCAAACUCCAAAUGGUUUGGGAGCGUUCUUGAAAAAACCUGAUGGAUCAGAUAUCACUUUCUGUAAUGACAAAGGGAAUUGCACCUGUAUGGAAGAGUGUGGAGAGUACAAAGACAGAUUGCAACCUGGAUAUAAAUCAGUAAACAUGAGAAACAUCAAGAAGGAAGACGCUGAGGAAGAUUUUAUGUUUCAUUUUGAACACAAAGAUCCAGGAAAACAAACGCCCAGAAAAUGUGUUUUCAAAAUCGAUCCUGUGGUUUGUCCUGGCCCACCAACUGGAACCCCAGACGUCACUGGAAGGUCUCCAGAAGAAAAUAAAAGCAUCGAAAAAGCACAUAACGACACGCCAGGCACACCAACCAGAGCCCCAGAAGUAGUCACAGGAAGGUCUCUACAUGAAAAUGCCAGCAACAUUACAAAACAGCCACCUACCAUCCUGCAUAACGUCACACAAGGAAUCUCCAAAGUAACAAAAACACUUUUAUUUGUGUGCUUGGUACUAGUAAUUUUUAUUUUCCCAAGAUAGUGCGUGUGAAGGGUGAAUUUAAACCCAACUCAGUCAACUGAUGAACAGAUCUGAGCAAACGGUCCGUCUUACAAAGACACAAGGUGUGGUCGAGGAAUACCCACCACAGAUCAAAGGAUCCUCAAACGAAUCUUUGAAUCAUCUGGAAAAUGGAGCUCUUACAAUGACCAAGAUGUUGUAUGUCUUGUGGGGGAACUACUGCUACAAGUAUUUCGCACGAUUCUACGAAUAAAAGUGUUGUGCAGCUAUUUGGAGGUUUUUGUAAACUCGGCAGUCCUGUACGUAUCUCCUCUUGCUUCCUUUUCCGUGUGACGAAAUUGGGGACCAAAACUGAAUGUAAUCAGAAUGUUCACGAGAGUAACACUUCUGUACUGUGUAUGAAGGGUGGCCGAUGCAAACUUUCCAUCGGACUUGAUGUUAAAGGCAAUAUCCAUCAUAUAUCUCCCAGUUACGAUUUUAGAUCAGUUGGCGAGCACGUACUCACAGGUAGCCCGCCGAAGGUCGCAGAAUGAGGUUCCGAAAAGUGGACAUAAUUAACAAUUAUUUACCGAAGUGGAGGUGAAUGUUAUUUGCUAUUCACUUCCGAAUUAGCCAAUCAGCGGGCGCGAAAGCACUAUUUACUUGUUUGGCUAUUUAUAUCAAUUAUGUUUAUGUCGCACAGUAGGGGAAAUGUUGGGAUUUUUAUGGGAAUAACUUAAAAAUCUAAGCUAGUUUAGAAUGAAAGCGAAGUUAUCUCGCUAAUAUGUUUGUCUCUUUGAUUCACGUGAGUUUUCUAGGCUGUUUAACGGCCGUUUGAACUUGAUAAAUCCGGAAUGCUCAAGUGCAAGUACGUUGUGUCAUACUCAAUGUGACUACAUGUAAAUAUAUCCUAAUGAUAUACGAAGUUGAAAUACA